AUGGUGGAGAAAUCACAAGCACAAGGCACAACAUUUGUUCAUGCAGAUGCAUGCAACUUCAUGGAGGUGGUGCAACGUCUCACUGGUCCUAACAUAAAACAACAUCCUCCUCCUCCUCCACCGCCACCAACAUCGCUGAAGGAGAGUUCUCCAUCGUCUUCUUCAUGUUUGAAUGAAGCUGAAGAAGAGAAGGCAAUCAGGGAAAGGAGGUUUUAUCUUCAUCCUUCUCCAAGGUCUUUGUCUUCUAGGGUUUCAGACCCUGAGUUGUUGCCUUUGUUUCCACUCACUACUCCAAGGUCUCAAGGACCUUGA